UAAACUUUUGUAUGCAUAUUUUGUGAUUUAGUUUUGAUAUCUUUAUUUUUCCUUUAGAUUACUAUGCAGUAUAUACAUAAAAAUAUUCGAUGUCAGCUGGUGUCUGAUGCUGGACAUUACUACGCUUUUGUUAUUAUCAAAUGCUUAAAUAAACACAGUUCAAAAUACAAAUUUAUCGUUUACACGUGUAUUAUCGAGUAUGCAUAACAGUGAAAUUGUAAAUUAAAUAUUAUAAAAUGCCAAGCAUCAGGUGCAAGCAUAUAUUCUGGUCGAACUGCAAUUAAAACGCUAUUCGGGAUAAAUAAUUAACGUAAACGAUACAAGCUAUCGUCAUAAUAUUGCAAUUUUCAGACAACGUUAGUAUCUUGUUCUCUUCAUUCCGCCGAGUCGAUCGUCAUUUGUCGCAUCAGUCGAUUGACAAAAUGUUUCAUUGAAACGUCAUAUCACGUUCAAAACAUAUAAAAAUGUUUAUUUAUUUUGUAGCUUUAAUAGCUACACCGCUUAUUAUUUUUGGACUAUUGCACGCCAGAGUUUUGAAUGACUGGCUACGAUCAAGAUUUCGGAAUUCCCUGACAUCAUGCACCGGGUUGACUCGUAGACCCCAGAUUGAGACGUUACUGAUCGAUGAAGAUGAAGAAAGUGCCUGCGUGCCCAUGACAUCCUUGAGUGCAAGGAAACAGGUAGCGGAGAUCGAGAACGUGCCAAUCCAAAAAUCGUUCGACAAUGAUGGGAAAACGUCAGAUGCUUUUCUCACUGAAACUGAAAAGAAAUUGAAAAAUUUGAGUGUUCCUCGAUACUCCUUUGACAGUGUACUUUCAGAAGACAGGGAGAGAGACAUUGAAUUAGACACAAGAGUGAGGAAAGAGAAUGCUAUUGAAUCCUUAAAAGAUACGAUUGAAAGAAGCAUGAAUCCAUCGACACGACUAAACAUCACUCAAAUAUAUAAUUUAAUUCAGAAAGAGACGCUUAAACAGAAGUUGCUGGACGUUGAGAAGAGAAAGUUUAACGAAUCGGUGCCCUUAAAAAUAACGGAACAUCUCCCGUUGUCAUCGGAAAACGAACCUGAACACGAGGACGAAAGCAGGAGCAAUCCAUCGUGAUCUAGUUAUUAAACAUUAAUAUGUAAUUUCAAAUGAAAUAUAAAAUUCUGUUGUACCUGCA